GCAGCUAGCUAGCGAGCCAGCCUUCAUCUCUCCUCCAAGAGGAACGCCCGGCCGGCUUAGCCCAGAGAUGGCGUGGAGGAGGAGGAGCACGUCGGUGACGCCCAUGCUCGCGCUGGUGGCCCUCGCCGCCGCGGCGGCGGCGACGUGCGCCGCGGCGUGGGGCAACUACGGCGAGUCCAAGUUCACGGUGACCGGCUCCGUGCUGUGCCAGGACUGCACCAAGAACUGGAACGCCUACGCCUACAACGCCAAGCCCGUCCCCGGGAGCUCGGUGGGCAUCACGUGCCUGGACAAGAAGACGGGGCGGACGGUGUACCACGCCACGGACAGGACCGACGGCAAGGGCGUCUUCAACCUCGAGGUGCCCUACGCCGUCGGCGGCGCCGACCUCGACCCGUCGGACUGCCUCGUCCGCCUCGCGUCCUCCGGCGACCAGGGCUGCGCCGUCUUCACCGACUUCAACGGCGGGAAGACCGGCGAGCGGCCGUCCCGCCCCUCCAGGCUCGGCCCCGGCAUUGUCGCCUACGCCGCCGGCCCGUUCUACUUCACCCUGGCGCAGUGCGACCUCAAGGAUGACUCCUGCUACUGAUCGAUCGAUGUCAUCAUCUUUCAGUGGCAACCCACAGUAAAUGUGAUUCAAGUUCAUCUUUUUUUUUUCUCGUCUUGUGAUCUCCAUGGAUUUGAGAGAGCACACAAACAGGAACGAUUCUUUGCUAGUGUGUGUUGUUUUUGCUUGCAAGCAGUGACGAUCUGUGUUCUGUUCUGUUCUCUUGCUGGAAAGAUUUGGUAUGCGUCACUCCAAAAAAUGGCGUUUUGAGGAACUGGAUUACUGGAAAUGUGCAAUCUUUGAAUUGAUGAUAGUAGCUGGUAUUUUUGGUCUG